AUGGGUGACGACAUACCUCAGAGCCUCGAGGAGAUCAACCUCCGAAUGAAUCAGACCACAGACGAUGUAAGUUUUUGUUAUGCUAAGUAGGGCAUUAGAUGGUGGGGAAAGGGCUGUGAAAGUCGGGGUCGCAAAAUUCGGCAACGACCUUAAUUACUUUAACAGAGUUGUAAUAAGUAGUGACAUAAAAAAAAUAAUAUAAAUGUGAAAUUAGAAUAUUCCAAGAAUGAGAUCAAAAGGUCAGAUAGGUAAUUAAAACAAUAAACGAGCUCAUCACUUGUCCCCGAAACGAUCAAAAUAGACCCCUAGGGCCUAAAUUUACCCGUCCCCUCUUACCUCGGCGCUUCCAAUCGUAUCUCGGGAACAAAGAGAGAAGUUUAACGAGAACGCGCAUCCUCGGGCCCUGAGGGCAGAACGAAGGAAACCGUCCGACACAUCCCCUCAAACCUUCCAUUUGAGGCUGCUUGAACCCCGAAACCUGACCCCCGCGUCUCCUACCUGUCCAGUCGAGGAUCAGGGCCUUUGUUUGUCAACUCGUUGACGCCCAACACUUUUAUGUCCUCAGGGCCAACGGUUCAGCCCUUUGCAUUUUGAAACAGUGCCGGGCCUUGGAUGAUGCCGGUUUUAUAAGAAUAAUGCAAGUUCGUGGGUUCCACCCGCCCAACCGAACCCUAAUUUCAGAGAUGCCGCGCCAGUUUGAUCGCGAUCGAGGCCGGGUCGAAUUCACACCCGGGCCUCAUGGAACGGUCGAACAUGACGGGCUGGUGAUGCCCGGGGACAUGAGUGAUGAGCUCAAGACUCUCAAUGUGUUCAUUGACAAGAGCACGGGAGAAGUUAAAUUACUUUUAUUUAUUCCUGUUUGUUUAUCGUGAUUAACAAACAUAUUUUAGUCUCUCGAAGCCACAAGACGAAUGCUGGCAUUAUGUGAAGAAAGUAAAGAAGCUGGAAUCAAAACAUUGGUCAUGUUGGAUGAUCAGGGAGGUAUGGUCUUGCUCUUUUUUUUCUCCUUUUCUUUCAAAAAUAAACUUGUUAUCAAUUAUUGUGCAUAAUCAUCGUUUUUUCACACGUUUAUUUGCAGAACAAUUGGAGCGAGUGGAAGGAAAUCUAGACACAAUAAAUACGGACAUGAAGGAAGCCGAAGAACAUCUGAAGGGCAUGGAGAAGUGCUGCGGUCUCUGUGUUUUGCCUUGGAAUAAGUGAGUGCAAAAAAAAGGGGGGGGAUUAACAGACUGCCCAGAACGAAAAACAAAAAUUUGCAGACAUAACGACUUCGAAAAGGGAGCCGAAUACGCAAAAACGUGGAAGAAGGAUGACGACGGAGGAGUGAUUAGUGACCAACCCCGGAUCACGGUGGGCGACGGAGGAAUGGGCCCUCAGGGCGGAUACAUCACUCGGAUUACGAACGACGCCCGAGAAGAGGAGAUGGAUGAAAAUGUACAACAAGUGUCGACUAUGGUGGGGAAUCUGAGGAAUAUGGCCAUCGAUAUGUCCACGGAAGUGUCCAAUCAGAAUCGACAGUUGGAUAGGAUCCAGGAGAAGGCCCAAUCCAACGAAACCCGAGUGGAUUCGGCCAACAAGAGGGCCAACAAACUAUUGACUAAGUAG